AUGAACUCACUUGUGGUCGCUUAUGGUUCAUCGACGGAUGAAGAAGAAGACCCGGCAUUACUUCCCGAUACCCCGUCGGUCAUUGCUGUUGCUUCGCCAACUCCAGGUUCUAUAAAGUCUUCACCAGAAAAUUCUUUUUCCGUUACCGAUGUAGAACCAAGCUCCGAUAGUAAGGUUGUAGAGGCAAGUGAAAUAUUACAGUCCGAUUUCGUCGAUAAACCAGAUCAUUAUGCUGAUGACAAAGACGAGGAAAUGAUGCUUCUACGUGCUGGAAUCCCACCAGCAGUCACUCCGCAAAAUGAAAAUAGCGAGGCACAGCAACGUAUCGAGCGAUUUUUGCGGGUGCAGCAAGAUCGUGGUCAGGAUUUUCAGACAACGCUGCAAGACAAGAAGGAAGUACGCAAUCCGUAUAUUCUCGAAAAGGUAGUCGAGUAUUUUGGUAUCGAUGAGCAGCACUCUAACUUUUCUCCGCGCGUAUUCGAUCCUCAUGGCUUGCCAUUACACGAGUUUGCUGAUGCACUGGCAUUAGAACAAAAAAAGCGAGCAGAUGCUCGAGCACAGCGUCAACAACAUCAGCAACGAGGAGGAGACUUUCGUAAACUUUAG